UCGAGUCUUAUCAACAAAUUACAAAAUGGUUCCAAGGAUUAACAUUUUCAUCAUAACUGUUAUUUCAAUUGUUGUGUUAGGUCUUGUCCAAGGAAAACCAGUCGACAAUAAAGCUAAAAGUGAUUCCAGUGAUACACAGCUAAGACCAAGUGGAUUAAAUUCCGUCAUCCAAACUGAAAAAGAUUUGGAAGCUGCUGCUGACCAUUGGCACAAGCACCACGUUAAACAUGACCACCAUAAAGAUGAUCAUAAGCCUCACCACAAAGAGCAUCAUUGGCACGAAGGCGGGGAACACUGGAAGAAAAAUGCUCAUUCACAUCACGAUAAGGGUCACCAUGAAGAGCAUGCAGGUGAUAAACAUGGACAUAAGAAACACCACAAAUGGGACAGAGAUCAUCAUGACCACCAUUACAAAGAGAAAAAUAAACAUCACAGGGAACGGGAAGAUGAACAUGAAGGACACAGAAAAGACCACGGACAUCGGGAAAAAGAAGAUUGGGAGCACAAGAAAGAGGGUGGUCAUGAACGAUCCUGGCACUGGGACAAUGGAUUCGGAGCUAAGAAGAAUUGGCAUCAUCAUGGAGGUGACUGGAAAGAACGAGAUCAUCAUGGCGAGAAGAAGAAAUGGCAUGAAGAGGAACAUGCAGUUAAACAUGACGAGGAUCAUGGAUCUAAGCAUGAAAAUGAGAAACACCAUCAUCACCAUCAUCAUGAUCAUCAUGAUGGUGGAGGUCAUCACGACCAUGGACAUAAACACCAUGAGCAUAAACAUCAUGGACACAAAAAGCACCAUUCCCAUCAUGAGAAGCAUCAUCCAGAGCAUCAUGACCACGAUAAACAUCGUUGAAAAUAAUGGAAUCCAUCCAAUCCUAAUGUAUUAUUAAAUAAAAUAUUUAAUUUAUUUUUUUCCAAA